AUGAAUAACAACACUGAAAUUAAAGCUAUUGGUAAUUCAAAUGAGUGGAUUAAUUGGAUUGAAAAAUCUAUAACCAAAAAACAAAUUAAAUAUUAUGAUUACAAACAUUUUAAUCACGUUCAAGAAAUUGGUUUUGGAAGUAUUGAAAAAGUCUAUCGUGCAAAUUGGAAAAAUUCUCAUAAUUACUUAGUAUUAAAAUCUUUUUUUAAUUUUAAUAUCGUAACAAAAGAAAUUGUUAAUGAAAUUAUACUUCAACAUGAAAUAAAUUUCCAUGAGAAUAUUAUCCGUUUUUAUGGCAUUACAACAGAAAACCAAAGUGAUAAUUCCAAUAAAUAUUUAUUGGUGAUGGAAUAUGCAGAUAGUGGUACCCUUCGAAAAUAUUUAAGUGAACAUUUUGAACAUCUCACUUGGAAUAAUAAGUUAAAUUUGGCACUUCAAUUAGCUAAUUCUAUAACAUACUUACACGAUAAAGAAAUUGUGCAUCGUGAUUUGAACUCUCAUAAUGUAUUAAUUCAUAAAAAUAUCAUCAAAUUGGCUGAUUUGGGAUUAUCAAAAAGGAUUGAAGAAUCAUCCAACAUUCAAUCAAAAUCAUUUGAAAUGGUUACUUAUGUUGAUCCACAAAUAUUUAAUAAAAAAAGAGAUAUUAACAAUCAAAUACAAUUAUAUUCAUUGAACAAAAAAAGUGAUGUUUACAGUAUUGGCAUACUCUUAUGGGAAAUUUCUAGUGGCCAGCCACCUUUUUGUAAUAAAUCAUAUGAUAUUAAUUUGGCUAUGGAAUUAUCACAAGGUCUUAGAGAAAAACCCAUUCCAAAUACACCUGAAAAUUACAUAAACAUAUAUACUGAUUGCUGGAAUAAUGAACCAGAUAAUCGUCCAACUAUCAAACAGGUUUUUACUAGAUUAAAUACAAUUGUUUUAGAUUUUCAGCAAAAUGAUUAUAAUGCAGAUAUACAUCAAUUAUCAAAUAAACAGCUGGUCAAAUCAAAUAAUGAAGUUCCUGAAAAUAUAAUCAAUAAUUUAUUACAUGAGGAAAUGUCUCAAAUUAUUCAAAAUUUUAGUAAAAUUCAAAUAAAAGAAAUAGAACCUUUAAUUUCAUCAAAUUUAAUUAAAAAUAACUUUGAACAAAUGGUUAAUGAAAUAAUUCUCCUACUUGAAGAUAUAGAAAUAGAAAUGAGAAAAUGUAAGAUUGUUAAUUAUCUUAAUUAUCGUGAUAUAGCUUUACAAGAAAUUUAUAAUUGGUUAUUAAGUAAUCAGAAUGAUUCUAAUUCUGUUUUAUUACUUGGAGCAUUUAAUCAUCAUGGAAUUGAAAUUAAUGUUAAUGAACAAAUAGCAUUUGAAUUAUAUCAAAAUGCAGCAAAUUCAGAAAAUAUAUUUGGAAUAAUUAGUCUAGGAUAUUGUUAUGAAAGAGGAAUUGGAACCAGUAUUUAUAGAAAAAAAGCAUUUGAACUAUAUCAAAAGGCUACAAAUUUAGGAAGUGCAUAUGGAAUGUAUAAUCUAGGAAAUUGUUAUAUGGAUGGAAUUGGAACUUUUGUUAAUGAUCAAAAAGCAUUUGAAUAUUUUCAAAAAUCUGCAAAUUUAGGAAAUUUACUUGGAACAUGUAAUUUAGGAUGGUGUUAUAGAGAAGGAAUUGGAACCAAUAUUGAUAAUCAAAAGGCAUUUGAAUUAUGUAAAAAGGCUGCAAAUUUAGGAAAUUAUUUAGCUCAAUAUGAUCUUGCUUUGAUAUAUAAAGAUGAAGAAGCUGUAAUGGAUAUAGACCAAGCAAUUUAUUGGUGCAAAAAAUCUGCUGAACAAGGAUAUAAAAGUGCCCAAUAUGAAUUAGAUGAGUUAAAUGAACUAAAUGAUGAAUUAAAUGAUGAAUUAAAUGAGUUAUAUGAUGCAGAUGAAUUAUAUGACUCGGAUGGAUUAUAUGAUUCAGAUGAAUAUGAUUUGGAUGAAUUAUAUGAGUCAGAUGAAUUACAUGAGUCAGAUGAAUUACAUGAAUCAGAUGGAUUAUAUGAGUCAGACGAAUUAUAUGAAUAAGAUGAACUAAAUGAAGAAUUAAUUAUAUGCUUUAGAUGGAUUAGAUGAAUCACAUGAAUUAUGUAUUAUAUUAAAUGAAUUAAUUUUUUAAAUAAAUUUAUAAUAAUAAAUUUCCAUAUUUUUUCAGUU